CCAUUUCAGAAAACGAACAAAGACUCCACCUUUAGCAAAGAUCGAGAGAAUUUACUGUCAUCCCAAGAAGAAUAAACAACAACAAUGGCUGCCAUUGCCAUGAACACCACAAAGAAGAGCCUGCUGCUUUGCCUUCUCUGUACCUUUCUCACCAUCACCACCACAGUCACAUCAUUCGAGUACCAAGUUGGCGGGGCCAAAGGCUGGGUGGUGCCACCUUCCAACGACACCAGAAUCUACAACGACUGGGCUUCUGAGAACAGAUUCCUCAUUGGCGACACUGUCAGGUUUAGGUACAAGAAGGACUCGGUGAUGGAGGUGAGCAUGGAGGACUACAAGAACUGCAAUUCGAGCCAUCCUAGUUACUUCUCCAACACGGGCGACACGGUGUAUGAGCUCGACCACUCGGGGCCUUACUACUUCAUCAGCGGUGUCUCUGGCCACUGUGGCAAAGGGCAGAGGAUGAUCAUCAAGGUGCUCACUACUGAUCAAGAUGCUGGCAAAGGCAAUGGCAAUGGCACUGCCCCUGCUUCUAGUGGCGGUGAAGGUGGUGGAGACGCGGAUGGUCAUCACAAGUCUGCAUCUGCUGUAACUCUGCCUCUUGGUGGAGUUUCUUCAUCCAUUGUGGCAGUUGGUCUGGCUGGCCUUGCUGCUGCUUCCAUGUUCUAGUUAGUUUUAGAGGGGUUCUGGUUGUUUUGUUUUGUUUUGUUAUGUUCUGAUGAUUAGUUUGAAGUUGUUUUUAGGUUGUAGGACAAGAGUCUCUAGUGGACUCAUUGUCACAUUUGGGUUUCUAAGAGGGAAUCUGUUCUUUGUAAUUGAACCCCUUUGGAUUUCAGGUUUCUGUUUAUUAUGGUCAUUUGAAUUUUAUGGUAUGUUGAUACAUUUCCUUUUCCAAAUUGCUUGAUUUCUAGUUAAUUGGUUAAUCGGGCUUCAAAACUGCACAGAAUUAGCAGCCAUAACAGAAAAGGAACACACAUUGAGAUCCAAUGUGAUCAAACCAAUGCAGCAUCUAAUCCUUAGUUUCUAUUCUUGAGUAUAAGAAUAUUUUUAUUUCCACUUUAUCAAUACCUUUGAUAAAUGAAAAAAAAAGUAAUUAAGUUUAACCGAAUUC